AUGGAAGGCUUCAAGUGUAAAGAUUGUUUGACGACUUUUCAAAUUUUCUACCUGACUCUUUGCGGACUUGCUUUUGUGGGAUCUUUACCAGGGAUAGUACGGGCAUCAGAAGACGAAACAACAGACAGCCCUGGUACCACUGCAUCCAUGGAACAAACUACGCCUGCCCCAGUUGAAGUUUACUACGAUGCCUCAUUCAAAUGCGCUGGAAUCAACUUCACCGCCGACUUGCUCAACACAUCCUCGGCUGAAUUUCUGAGUUUGAAGUCGCAAUUCACGACUAUGUUACUGACUGCAUUUAACAAUUCAGCAGAUGUGUCAAGCGUUGACGUAUACGGAUUUCAACAAGGCAGCGUGAUUGUGUUAUACCGGGUCAUCUUGGCCACCCCUGCCUCGGUGAACGUCAGCGUUGCAAAUACCUCUGCCAUCCUCAACACCCUGACGACGUAUAUAUCGAACAACCCGGGCUCCGUUUCGCAAUUCGGCAUUGACACGUCAUCUAUAGCAGUAUCAGUGCCCCUCAGCGCCACAACUACCGAAACACCUACGACACCAGCAGCGACCACAACCGAAACACCGACCACCACGGAAACGCCAACCACAACUGAACCAGUACCAUCAAUGAAUUGGCUUAGAAUAGAGAAAUAG